AUGGCCCUCCAGGACAUCAAAGAGGAGGAGGACCAGGCGGACGACGUCCAGCAGCAGGCUGAGAUAGACCUAAGUCGGGCUGCCGAGCGCGCCGAGCCGUCAGGAGUGGCGAAGCUCGAUAGCAUUUUCGACGAGGGCGGUGGUGUCGCAGCCGGAGGAGCUCUGGCCCCCACCACCGAAGCUGCGAGCCACGAACAGGCCCAGGCGCCGCUGGUGGGCGACGUAGCACUUAUUCCAGAUGCUUUCUCGGCGUCUCAGGAAGCCCUGCUCCCACCUCUUCCGGAGGACAGCGCAAACCUUGCGUCACCUCCAACCACGCUAUCGCCUGCGCUGCCCGCGACACCAGACUCGGGGCCACCCAACCUGGCUUCUUCCAGGAGUACGAGCACUGUCAGCUCCGUCUCCCGGGCGCCCUCUGUGGUGCGUCGAAAUAAUAAUAAUACAAAUUUCAUGAACAACAACCAUGCCGAUUUCAAUAAUGUAUCCACCGGCACCAACACCCUGACCGGGUCGCCGUUUGCCUCACCCAAGGAGCCACUGCGUUCGGACCGCGAGACACGUCUCAGCGGUCUGGGCGACCCGUUGCCCUCUGGCGUGGCGUUUGACCUGGGCACUACUUUGGAGAUCCCCCACGGUACAGAGCCGGACUCUUCCUUCGAUCUUUCCAAAGCACUAGAGAUUCCUAAUGGUUCUGCAGGAGUUGCCACCACUGCCACUACCACCACCACCACCCCUGGCGGUACGGCAAACACUCACAUCCCAUCCACUAUCAACGGCGUGGCUGCUGCUGCUGCUGCUGCUGCCGCCGCCACCCUUUCAACUAACAGCAUGGUCGGCUCCAACAGCAAUGGUAACAGUACGGAUUCUACGUCCGCCAUACCUCUUUCUCCGCAACUGACAUCCCCAAAACUCUCUUUCAAGCGGAAAUUCUCCUCUACUUUGCUCCCAGCGACAAGCUCCUCCAACCUUGCAGGUACCAAUCCCACCCAUGAAGGUCCAUCCACCCCGGAAUUCUCGCUACACCAUUUGCAACGGCACGGUUCAGUACGUUCGAGAACCGCGACAACGGACGUCCCAAGGCUGGGCUCUCAACUGGAUGUCCAUGCGGGGCUCGGUAUAGAUCACCCCAAUCUCGACUCAAAUACUAGUCCUUUCGCCACGGCCAAAGUUCUGAUGCGCAAAUUCAGUAUUGGCAGCAGCGGUAGUUCUUCUCGCUCGCUGCCCGAAAAUGAGGAGGCACUCUUCAAGCCUCCACCCAAUUUCACCUCUGAUGUUAAUUCCUUCACCAGUUUACACGAUCUGAAAUCGCCGCGCUCUUCUUUGAACCUCGCAGAGGCAGCAGCAAAUCAAAACCACCCUAAAGUCCCGCUUCUGAAACGAGCUUCGAGCGCCAUUCUACGGAAAGCUUCCGUGGCAAAGAAGAGUCCCACCUCCCCCAAGUAUACAGCCUCACCCGAGUUUCAGGAUCUGAGGCGAACGGCUUCCUUUUCUACGGUUCCUUACGACUCCAACCGUGUUAUUUCAUCAAACUUACAUGCGGCUGCUGAUGAUCAUAUCAACACCAGCACCACAACGCUUCAGCGUAUGAUGGUAAAAAAUAAACACCACCAUGUGUCCACUCGCUGCAUAAGUAACCCCGAAGGACUACAUUUUGCCAAUUCACGAGCCACCUCCCCAGAGAACCGAUCUUUCGGCUCGAGGGUGAAAAGUGGAUUAACUAGAAUAAUGAGCGGAAGUAAUGUAGACAAAACGUCGCAGCAGCUACAUGGUGAUCCCAGCGGUGGAAAAGAAAGUCAAAAGGACACGUCAAAAGUUGAGUGUACUCCAGAUUCGAUUUCAGUAGCGUCACCUCGCCACUCCGCCCAUUGGCAACGGAUCGGGGCGUUGUGUCCUCCAAGAUCCGCAUCCUCCAGUUCUGGGCAGCAAACUACUGAUCCCGAAAAGGUUUUCAAAAAGGGCCAGUGGAAGCAAAAUACUACCAAUCUGAGCAUGGGCAGUGCUGCGACAGCUAGGAAUGACAGUGUUUUCAGUCAUCACAGCGACUCCUCCUUUGGUCAGGGAUCCGAGAGCGACGAACUCACGAUCGACAUUGAUGAACUGACUAAAGCACUGCCAGCAAUAACCAUCACCGACAAGCUGGGUGCCAAAAAUGUGACACCCAUCCAAACCCAAUCUAACGUAUUACUAGAUUUGGUGUCCAAGGAAAACUCGGGUCAGCGUAACAUGACCUCACAGAACAAGAGUGGCGAAGAAAAGCCUAUUAAGAUAUCCUUGAAGGAGUAUAUCGAUGUUUUGAUUAAACAGCAGCAUAUUGAGGACGAACGAUUUGCUGUUUUGGAAAAGAACUUUGCUACUAAUGGUUGGUGCUCUCAAGACGACUUGCAUAACAUCCAGCAAAAACGAAUGAUCAUCAACAAAAAAUGGGCCGAACGCAUCUCUCAUUACCAAAGUCGGCUCGAAGCCUAA